AUGGGUGAUGUUGAGAAAGGCAGGAAAAUUUUUGUUCAGAAGUGUGCCCAGUGCCACACCGUGGAAAAGGUGGAAAAGGGAGGCAAGCAUAAGACUGGUCCUAAUCUCCAUGGCCUCUUCAGGCAGAAGACAGGUCAGGCCAUUGGAUUCUCUUACACAGACGCCAAUAAGAACAAAAGCAUUACCUGGGGAGAGGAUACACUGAUGGAGUAUUCGGAGAAUCCCAAGAAGUACAUCCCUGGAACAAAAAUGAUCUUUGACGGCAUUAAGAAGAAGGCAGAAAGGACAGACUUGAUAGCUUGUCUCAAAAAAGCUACUAGUGAGUAG